GCCUCCGGCGAGGUUCUGGAGGCGGUGCAGACUCUGGUCCAGCUGGAGCCACACCUGCACAACAGUAAGACCGUUUCCUCCUGUCUCACCCGUCUCUACCGUUCUCUGGCUCAGCUGAUUCGCUGGGUCGAUCAGGUGAUGCUGCAAGGCGUCGCCCACGGCAACAAAGAGUCCACAGCAAGCGUUACCAUGGUGAUCAGGGCAGUGCUCGACAGCGUAAAGGAACUGGUUCGAUUGGCUGCAGAGAGACAAGGUGACUCCGCCCCCUUGUCUCCUGUCCAAUCACAGGCUGACGCGGGACAGACAGGUUUGUCUGACAUGAGUUCAGCAGUUCCUGCAGAGGACUCAGCUCCUCCCAAACCCCCGAUGCCUUUCUCAGAGACCCUCUCCCAGCCGUCCCUCCCCCAGCCGUCCCUCCCCCAACCAUCCGUCCUCCAGCCGUCCCUCCCCCAGCCGUCCCUCCCCCAACCAUCCGUCCUCCAGCUGUCCCUCCCCCAGCCGUCCCUCCUCGAGGGACUCAG